UCGAUGGAGCCGCGCUUGCCACAGCACCCCCCGCUUCGGAGCUAACUCACCCCUGUCGUCACCAUGCAGAACGAGGCCGGAUCGAAUGUUGACCUUUACAUCCCCAGGAAGUGCUCCUGGACCAACCGCCUCUUGCAGGCCAAGGACCACUCCUCCACCCAGAUCAACGUGGGCAAGUUGGACCCCGUUUCGGGAACCUUCACCGGAGAGUCGGACGUGUACGCGCUGGCUGGUUACUUGCGCGGCAGGGGUGAGGCCGACGAGGCGCUGACGUGCCUUGUCAACAAGAAAGACGAGUCGGAGCUCUGAGAUGUGCAAGGGUGGCGCGCUUGGGGCGAGGGUGGGAGAGGACGCGGAACAGUCGCACCGCGACGCAUUUUUCUCUUGAGCAGUUUGGAUGACAAUCCGCCAUCGCCGAACGACGGCUGUACCUUGGUAGUGCAAGCGAAGCGUUUCGGUUCAUUCAAACGUUGGAAAUAAAAAAAGUAAAAACAAAACUGCUGGAUCUUUGAUGGAGGUAAUCCGAUGUUCCCUGUCCGCUCAUGUCUCGCUUUUGAUCUUCUGUGUUUCAGCGGUCUUGUCCUUUGGGUGCUUGUUGGGCGGAAUGUCUGGUAUUGUGCUGUCUGCCGAUGUUUUCUUCGGCAUUGGGCCUGACACUCUAGAUCCUGCGUGCUCGCUAGUGCGGCGAAACAUGGCGCCCGCACCGGCUUCCCGGGUAUUUAGAACAGUAGUGAGGUCCAUGGCGUCCCUCACCAUCACUGUGAUAGUUGGACUCGGGCGCCUACUCCGUAACGAGCGACCCACGUGGUGUCCGAGUCGGAAAAGACGGCAGCGCGCGCUGAUCGUAACCCGGCACGUUGCAAGCGAAAACAUACAGGACAACAUACAGAAAUCCAUUGCUUUCAGAUGGAUGAGAGAGCAAUGCGAUGCUGUUUGCCUUUCGUACCUGGCGUGUCGCAUCAAUGCACAGCCCUCAUCCCUCCUGUUUAAUCUCUCGAGUCUACACGCGGCCGUCUUUUGGCAAACGUGUGGAUCGCGUUGCUGCACGUUCAAGAGCCAUUCAUCUGCUGACCAUCGUCCACGCACGAGAGGCCUGUAGUGGACAAUCGCGUUGAAGAUGUUGUGUGCCGUUCCAUUUUUUCUGUUGGACGUCAGUUUUUACACCUUUCUUCUCGUGUUUUGGACGCUACAGCUGGGGUUCCAGGAGAGGCUGACAGGAGUAUUUUCAAGCGGUGUCAAAAGCUUCACGUCCGAAAACGAAACUCACCAACAGGCUCGUGCGGACAAAAACUUGAUUCCCUGAAAAGGUGCCCGAAAGAACAAAAACUAGGACGGUUCACAGGAGCCAAAGUUUCAACCCAGUCACAUCCGGCAACUCUCACACAGCACUCGAAAAAUUGUGCCUCAACGUGCCUGGAAAGCAGAGUACUCUGCAUCUACAACUCCUGUAUCAAGGGUUUACUUGUUUUCUUCUGGUGUGCUGCACCGGGCACCACGACACCUCCACCCUCCUCGACCCCUUGUUCCUCUUCCGCGCUACCCCUGGCACCGGCAUUUACUACCCCGGCUUCGCUAGCCGCAGCCUUUUCUUGCUCCAUUUUAGCUAUCGGGGUAUCGUCGAAGUCCCCGAGGGCGAAGUCCUGACUGCACGGUCCUGCCGGCAGCUACCACCCCUGCCGCUCCU